UUUCCAGUAUUGAAACCACAUUUCUUGACACGAUUUGAAGGUAUGCUUUACUUUGAUUGUUUAGAGCCUCGGCUUUGUACAAACCGCAACCUUUUUAAAAUGGGUGUACGAUGUCCUUUGCAUAGACAGACGCAUUAUAGAACCAAAAUUAUAGAAAACAAAAAGAGAAAACUGAGGAAAGGAACAUCAACCUAAAAAAGAGUCUGUGAAGGAAAGUGGAAGAAAUGGAUCAGUGAAACGGGAUUGGGACUUCAGUUGCUGAGGAUUCUCUAGCCAUUCCAUCUUGUACCAUGGAAUCCAGUUCAGUGUUAAGAGUGCCUUGGCAUUUGGUACGAGGUGGGGAGCUGCUGUUAAUAUCCAAGUUCUUUUCCAUGGGGAUCCUGCAGAGUUACUCAUCUUCUUGAAUAAGCUUCAACAGGGGGUCCGGUUUCAUCGUGUUAUAAAAGGUUUCAUGAUACAAGGCGGAGACAUAUCUGCUGGAGAUGGUACAGGCGGAGAAUCCAUCCAUGGACUAAAAUUUGAUGAUGAGAAUUUUGAGCUAAAACAUGAACGAAAAGGGAUGCUUUCAAUGGCUAAUUCUGGUCCUAAUACAAAUGGAUCUCAAUUCUUCAUUGCAACUACAAGGACAUCUCAUCUAGAUGGGAAACAUGUUGUGUUUGGAAAGGUAAUCAAAGGUAUGGGGGUGGUGCGUUCCAUAGAGCAUACCCCAACGGGGGAUCAUGAUUGUCCCACAGUUGAUGUUGUAAUUGUGGAUUGUGGAGAAAUCCCCGAAGGCAGUGAUGAUGGCGUUGCCAAUUUCUUCAAAGAUGGCGAUAUGUAUCCUGAUUGGCCUGCUGACCUUGAUGAGAAGCCAGCUGAACUUUCUUGGUGGAUGGAGGCAGUGGAGUCUGCUAAAACUUUUGGAAAUGAGUACUACAAGAAACAAGAUUAUAAGAUGGCACUUAGGAAGUACCGAAAGGCUUUGCGUUUUCUGGAUAUCUGCUGGGAGAAAGAUGACAUUGAUGAUGAAAGGAAUAUGAACCUGAGGAAGAUAAAAUCACAAAUCUUCACAAAUAGUUCUGCUUGUAAAUUAAAAUUAGGAGAUUUGAAAGGUGCCUUACUGGAUACAGAUUUUGCUAUGCGGGAUGGAGAGGGCAAUGUCAAAGCUUUGUUUCGCCAGGGUCAGGCAUACAUGGCACUUAAUGAUGUGGAUGCUGCGGUUGAAAGUUUCAAGAAGGCCUUAGACUUAGAACCAAAUGAUGUCGGGAUUAAGAAAGAGCUUGCUACGGCAAAGAAGAAGAUUGCAGAGAGACGAAAUCAAGAGAGGAAGGCCUAUUCCAAAAUGUUCCUCUAAGUUCCUGAGCCAUUCUCCAGGUUAAUCUAUUUUUUGAAAUCGGUGACCCCUCAUUCCCCAAAAAAAAAAAAGAAGAAAUCGUUGACCCUUAUGGUUGCCUUCGAUUUCUUGCGAUUUCCAGGGAAGAAUUUUGAUGAAGGGCCGAUGAAAAUUUCAAAGCCGUUGAGGCAUUGACACAGAACUCAUCUUUUUGCAUUAGAUAUAGCUCACAAAAUUUGCGAUGUUUAACUAAUCUGCUAAUUUAACUGAUUGAAAGAGGCAUCACUUCGUGAUUUCAAUCAAGGGAAAGUGGAACACGGAAUAAUUACAUUCAUAGUAUCAUCUAUCUUUUCACUGUAAUAUGAUGCAUCUACGUCUGUAGAUAUGCAUCCCACAUGUAUAUGGGAUACUCUGCUGUCUACAUGAUCGCAUACGAUAUGUGGUCACAAGGAUUAUCGCCUGCAA